UCAGCUCCUCGCGCGGGAAGCAGGACUUCGCUCCUUAAGCGCCUCAGGACAGCAGGAGAGGCUCGCGCUUCUUAUGGCAGAUCAUUUACUGCUUUUACAGUCAGGAAGUUUCUGGAGGGACAUGAGAGUUAAGUCUGGGGGGAAAUAUUAACUGUGAGGAACACACAGCCGGAGGACCGUCGUCGAGUCCGCUGAGGAAAACGGUUUCAUUACGGGAGCGCGCGACGACGCAAAUCAAUCUGCUGUGUAUCUCUUCGCGCUGCCGCCCGCUAUUGGCGGACACCUCUCGGACGCUUUGGUUCCGUUCAGGAGCUUUGUGCUCUGUGUGUGUGUGUUAAGCUGAAGCCAUGGGAUUAUACCCGCUGGAGUUCAGCGAGUGCUACCUGGACAGCCCGUCGUUCCGCGAGCGCGUCCGCGCGCACGAGGCCGAGCUGGAGAAGACGAGCCGCUUCAUCAAGGAGCUGCUGAAGGACGGCAAGAACCUCAUCAGCGCCACGAAACAGCUGGGGUUGGCCCAGCGGAGGUUUGCCGAGUGUCUUGGAGAGUUCCAGUUUGAGUACAUCGGGGACGCCAAGACCGAUGAUGAAAAGUGCAUUGAUGAGUCUUUGCAGGAAUUUUCUGCUUUCCUCAAAAACUUGGAAGACCAAAGAGAACUGAUGAUGCGGAACAUCACAGAGACGCUCCUGAAACCGCUGGAAAAGUUCCGUAAAGAGCAGCUGGGCUUAGCAAAGGAGGAAAGAAAGAAGUAUGAGAAGGAAACUGAGAAGUACUACAGCGCCCUGGAAAAACUUCUAACUAUGUCGGCAAAGAAAAAAGACCAGCAGCUGCAGGAGGCAGAUGUUCAGGUGGAGGGGCUGAGAGAGCGCUUCCAGGAGGAGUCCUUGGAGUAUGUUUGCAAGCUGCAGGAGAUACAGGAAAGGAAGAAGUUUGAGUGUGUGGAGCCGAUGCUGGCAUUUUUUCAGACUGUCUUCACCUUCUACCACCAGGGAUAUGAGCUGGCCAAGGACUUUGACCAUUACAAACGGGCUCUGCAGAUCAACAUUCAGAAUACUAGGAGUCGCUUUGAGGGCACCCGGUCCGAGGUGGAAGAUCUGAUGAGGAAGUUCAAAGAAGCCCCACAGGAGCAGAGGCAGAGGAGCCCCAUCAGCAUUGAGGGCUACCUUUAUGUCCAGGAGAAAAGGCCACCACCCUUUGGAUCCAGCUGGGUGAAACGAUACUGCACAUACGUCAAAGAGCAGAAGUUGCUGCACAUGGUCACAUUCGAUCACAGGUCUGGGGGAAAGAUUGGCGAGACUGAGUCAGUCAUUUUGAAGUCCUGCUCGUGGAAGACUACUGAAGCUCUAGACCGGAGAUUCUGCCUCGAUAUUGAAAUUACAGACCGACCAGGCAUGGUCCUCACAGUCCAAGCCCUUUCAGAAGAGGACCGUAAGUUCUGGAUGCAGGCCAUGGGUGGCAAAGAGCCAGUGUCUUACCUUGGCAAGACUUAUUCGGAGGAAAGGGGAAUUGAUGCGCAGCUGGAUGAAGUGGGAUUUUCUUUUGUGAAGAAAUGUAUCAAUGCCAUUGAAAAAAGAGGUAUCAAAGAUGUGGGGCUGUACAGAGUUGUAGGUGUCACGUCCAAAGUUCAGAAGCUGUUGAACAUGAUGAUCAAUGAGAAAACUUGUAAUGAUGUGGAUUUGUUUACGUCUGAGGAUUGGGACAUCAAAACAAUAACGAGUGCAUUAAAGCUCUUUCUCAGGAGUCUUCCAGAACCACUCAUGACCCACAAGCUGUACAAGGACUUCCUUGUCCCUGCAAAGAGCAGUAGCCCAGAGUCUCGGGUGCAGGCGAUCCACCACCUGGUCCACCAGCUCCCUGAGAAGAACUGCGAGAUGCUGGGCCUCCUCAUGAGGCACCUGGCCAAUGUAGCAGCCAACAGCAAGAAGAACAUGAUGACUGUGGCCAACCUGGGCGUGGUGUUCGGACCAACGCUCAUGAGGCCGCAGGAGGAGACUGUGGCCGCCAUCAUGGAGCUCAAGUUUCAAAACGUUGUGGUGGAGAUUCUCAUCGAACAGCAUGAGAAGGUUUUUGGCCACUCCCCCAGUGCGUCACCCUCAGCUGACAUGCCGGCUUUUAGGACCUCCACCAGGCAGUCCAAGCGGCACAGCCGGCAGAACAGGCCCCUGGCAGUCUACAACCCUCAGGUGUUGGAAGUGAAAGCAGCGGUCACUUUACAGGAAGUGUCACAGGAUAUUGCCGAGUACCCGAGUUUGGUCGUGGACAAUGUUUGUCCAGCCAGUACAGAGUCCAGCUCGCCCCAUUGCUCUGGAAGCACCACUUCGAACCCAGGAUCUCCCUUGGAGGAGGCCAUGCCAGCUGUGAGCAGGAGGAAAGGGAGCCUUGUGGACCGCCCAGGGCCCAGCAGGCCAGUGGCAUCAUGGAUGAAUGCUGCUCCGCUGUCUUCCACAGGCCCCAUCAGUGUCACAAACAGGAAGGCCAAGGCGGUGUACUCGUGCGAAGCGGAGCACGAGUCCGAGUUAUCGUUCCGGGUCGGCGCAAUAUUUGACGACGUAACGUUCUCCAGGGAACCCGGCUGGCUUGAGGGGAGGCUGGAGGGGAAGCGGGGCCUGAUUCCGCAGAACUACGUGGAGAUGCUGUAGGCGGAGAAGAGUCUGGGCCUCACUUAUACAUGGUAUCCAUGAUGAUCUGCAGCCACAGUCGUCUCAUUUGCAUGGCACCUUUCGAGCACUUUGUCAUGGAAGUAUCUACAUGUAAUGGGCCUGAAUGCUGCAUAGCUAAAUGUUUUAAAAAAAAAAAAAAAGUUGUAAAAUACAGCGGAAUGGGCACAUACAACACAGAUUUCAAAUUUCACACUUAUGUAAAAGCUAACAUUUUUUAUACAAUCUUAAUAUGUAUUUUCUUAUCGCUGUGGAAUUAAUGCAUGCAGUGCACACAUCACUGUAAUGAAAAUUCUGUGUAUGCACAAGUCCUUACAGAAUAUGCUCAAUUAUUAAUGGAAAAGUGCAGAGGUCUGAAGUUGAGAUUAAACUGCCUGCUCCGGUCAGUUUUUCUUCACCUCUCUGCACAAUUUUGGGAACAAAUUCACCUUUUAAUUUUGAGGCUCUUGACUCCAAUGAAGUUUAAAGUCUGUGUUUUGUGCCAUGAAAAGCUUAACGAGCAAAACGACUUCGGACAGAGUCGUUCUGUUGGACGUUUAUUUGACGUUGCAGGGCUUGUUUUGCUCAUUGAAGUAAUUAUGCAGAAGCCACCUCUUUUGAGCAGCUUUUUUUCAUAAGCAAAUUUCUCACAUUUGCUACUGGCUUCUCUUUUUUCAGGAAUAAAGUUUUCAGUACCUUUGUUUUCCUGCAUAUACAGUUCUUAAAUGUGUAUUUUUAAUUUUUUAAUGUUUAAAGCAGAUAGUGUACAGUACAUUAAAUAUCUUAUUUCAUUAGUGUGUUAAGAUGUGAAACUGCCAUGUGUUUUUGAUUUUUUUAAAAGUAAAAUGCAACAAAUCAGUUACAAAUUACUCAGCAUUGGUGAAACUGCAUCUGUCAGCAGUACUGAGGUAUCGAACCUGGGUUCUGUUACAAGAGCAUUCUACACGUGUGCAUUUCCUAUUGUUGGUUGCAUGAGAAUAUGCAAAUGAGGUCCCUGACAGAGUAAAGGGACUGCAGUGGACUGCAAAUGGUAACAUAACCUUCUGUACCCAGUGGGGGACUUGAGGAACUCAGCAGCUGUCACUUGCCUCUCAGUACUAACAUCUUUCCAGCCUUUUUACAGAUGUCAUGUUUUUCCCUUUUCUAACUCAUGAUGUUCAUAUUCUAAUGGGGCUCCUGUGUCCUGCUGGGUGUUUGAUUUUAAAAAAAA